UUGGUGGCGGUGGUGGUGUGGGUCCCUCAGCGGCAGGCGCAGUCGCACUGCGAGCUCUGACGCACUGCUUUUCCUGUCGACAGGUACCGGUACACCGCCAGGACAACAGUCGGCCUACCGGAACCAGAAUCUGGAGAUCAAGGCCGAGGCCGAGACGUCCGCUGUCGGCCACGGCGUCGACGGUGUGAAGAACGAGCAGCUGCGACUGGUGGUCUCUGGGUGCUACUCGCUCCGCGACAGCCGCGCUCGUGACCCCCAGAACAUCCUUGGAAGCGACGCAGUGAACCAUCAAGAUAGUUGUAUGAAAGGACAUUUGCGGAAACGCGCCAAUUUAGGGUUUAAGUGUAAACAAUGUGGCAAAAUGUUUCAUGCGAAAGCUAAAAUGGAAGAGCAUUUAUUAUGUGUUCACACAAGUGAGGGGCGUUUCAAAUGUGAAACAUGUAUGCGAGUUUUUGCUGAAAAAAGGAAUCUAGUUGAGCACAUCAGGACUCACACUGGCGAGAUACCCUAUCAGUGUGACUUCUGCGAGGAACGUUUUGAUAUUAAAAGUUCCCUUGUUGCACACCUUAAGACACACUGUGACGACGACGCACCUACCGUCGAUGCAGCCGAGGUGAAGCAGGAUGGUGCAGGCCAGAGCGUACACACUGUUCAUAAACCUUAUCAGUGUGACAUCUGCACAAGUCUUUUUACCCAAAAAGGUCACCUUGUCGAACACAUCAGGACACACACUGGCCAGAGACCUUUCCAGUGUGACAUCUGCAAGCAACGUGUCGCUUCCAAAGGUACUCUUGUCGCACACAUCAGGACACACACUGGGGAGAGACCGUACAAUUGUGACUUCUGUAAGCAGCGUUUUGUUGUAAAAAGUACCCUCAUUAAACACAUCAGGACUCACACUGGGGAGAGACCUUUUAAGUGUGACAAUUGCAAUAUGCGUUUUUCUACAAGAUUUAACCUGACAACUCACAUCAGGACUCACACUGGGGAGAGACCCUAUCAGUGUGAAUCCUGCAAGCAACGAUUUACACGAAAAUCUUACCUUGUUAAACACCUAAAAGCACACUCUUGCGAAAAGGCAUAGUAUUGUAGCUGAUUUGAUUAACGGAUUACACGUGAAUUAAAAGUUAUCGCUUUUAAUACUGUUAAACUAACCGCAGUUAAAAUCUCGUUGGAGAUCUUUCAUAGACAAGUAAAUUUAGGUCACAGCCACUAUAUAGCCGAUAUAUUUCAUUUAACUGUCUUUUGUGGAAGAUAAGCUGGCUCAUAAUAUGUGAACGAUGGUCUUUCCUACCCUUCUAGUGUAUUUCAAUAAGUCUCGAAACAUUGUAUUUUGCGUUCUUUACUGAUGUUGUGGCCAUUUUGUGUCGAAGAUUUAGACAAUUUUGUCAAUUUCAUUAUGAAGAAGCAUUUAGU